AUCAAUACUCUCGUACAGCGUUCCUUUAAAGCCCCCGCCAUUCUGAUUCCCGCCACGCCAAAUCCCGCCAUUUCGAUCGCCUUAAAUUGAAGCUCUAUACAGUCUAGUCUCCAGUUACCUAGCCCGGAUAAUAAUAUAUCUCGAAUUUACUCAUCUUCGUUUGAAGAAUUUCUUCGUAGUUACUAAACCAUGAAUGAAAGUUUUGAGGAAACGAACAAGUUGCCCGAGCUCAAACUGGAUGCCAAGCAAGCCCAAAGGUUUCUAUCAUUCUUCAAGACGCUACCCGAGGACAAUAGGGUUGUUCGGUUCUUCGAUCGCAAGGAUUAUUACACAGCUCAUGGAAACAAUGCAACUUUCAUAGCAGAGACUUAUUACCAUACCACAACUGCUUUGCGGCAACUCAGUGAUGGGUCUGGUGCCAUAUCUAGUGUGAGUGUGAGUAGAAACAUGUUUGAGACAAUAACCCGCGACCUUCUCUUGGAGAGAACUGAUCACACUCUUGAGUUGUAUGAGGGUAGUGGCUCAAACUGGAGAUUAGUUAAAACGGGAACCCCAGGGAAUCUUGGAAGUUUUGAAGACAUUCUUUUUGCAAAUAAUGAAAUGCAAGAUACUCCGGUGAUUGUAGCUCUUGUUACCAGCGUUCGUGAAAAUGAAUGCGUUGUCGGGUUAGGUUAUGUUGACCUCACUAAGAGAAUGUUUGGAUUGGCAGAAUUCCUUGACGAUAACCACUUCACAAAUGUGGAGUCUGCUUUGGUUGCUCUUGGUUGCAAAGAAUGUCUUGUUCCUGCAGAGAGCACCAAAUCUAGUGAAUAUAGACCUCUGCAAGAGGUAAUGUCAAGGUGUGGUGUGAUGAUAACCGAAAGAAAGAAAUCUGAGUUUAAAGGAAGAGAUUUGGUGCAGGAUCUUGGUAGACUCAUUAAGGGCACUAAAGAACCUGCUCAAGAUUUAGUCUCUGGGUUUGAGCUGGCAGCCGGGGCAUUGGGGUCCAUACUUUCUUAUUUAGACCUACUUGGAGAUGAGAGUAAUUACGAAAACUACACAAUUAGAAGAUAUGACCUUGAAAGUUACAUGAAGUUAGAUUCUGCUGCUAUGAGGGCAUUAAAUGUCCUGGAGAGCAAAUCAGAUGCUAACAAGAAUUUUAGCCUUUUUGGCCUGAUGAAUCGAACCUGUACAGCUGGAAUGGGUAAAAGGCUGUUGAACAUGUGGCUGAAACAGCCUUUACUAGAUGCACAAGAGAUUAACUGUCGGCUGGAUUUGGUGCAAGCAUUUGUUGAAGAUGCUGAACUGCGCCAAGAUCUAAGGCAGCAUUUGAAACGAAUUUCGGAUAUGGAACGUUUGGUGCGCAAUCUUGAAAAGAAGAGAGCAAGCUUGGUGCAUAUUGUGAAGCUUUACCAGUCUAGUAUCAGACUCCCAUAUAUCAAAGGUGCAUUAGAAAGAUAUAACGGGCAGUUUGCAUCAUUGAUCAAGGAAAAGUAUUUGGACCAUCUAGAGUAUUGGUGUGAUGAUAGACACAUAAAUAAGUUCAUUGGUCUUGUGGAGACUUCAAUUGACCUUGAUCAACUGGAGAAUGGAGAGUACAUGAUUUCAGCGGCUUACGACUCAACCUUAUCUGCUUUGAAAACCGAUCAAGAAGCACUAGAGCGUGAAAUACAUGAUUUACAUGAGCUUACUGCUAGUGAUUUAGAUUUAGCCAUUGAUAAAGCACUUAAGCUAGAUAAAGGGCCACAGUUUGGACAUUUCUUCAGAAUUACAAAGAAAGAAGAGCAAAAAGUCAGGAAGAAACUGAACACCAAUUUUAUCAUUCUUGAGACUCGAAAAGAUGGAGUGAAAUUUACCAAUACAAAACUCAAGAAACUCGGGGACCAAUACCAAAUGAUACUUGAGGAGUAUAAGAACUGCCAGAGAGAAUUGGUAGCUCGAGUAGUUCAAACUGCUUCAACUUUCUCUGAGAUAUUUGAGGGCGUAGCUGCAUUGCUAUCUGAAUUGGAUGUGUUGCUCAGUUUUGCAGAUUUGGCCACCAAUUGCUCCACUCCAUACACGAGACCAGACAUCACCCCUCCUGAUGUGGGAGAUAUUAUACUUGAAGGAAGUAGACACCCUUGUGUGGAAGCUCAAGAUUGGGUCAAUUUCAUUCCAAAUGAUUGUAAGCUAGUUAGAGGAAAGAGUUGGUUUCAGAUUAUUACAGGCCCUAAUAUGGGUGGCAAAUCUACAUUUAUACGGCAGAUUGGGGUCAAUAUCCUGAUGGCACAAGUUGGCUCAUUCGUUCCAUGCGACAAAGCUAGCAUUUCUGUUCGAGAUUGUAUCUUUGCUCGUGUAGGUGCUGGAGAUUGCCAGCUUCGUGGAGUUUCAACGUUUAUGCAAGAAAUGCUUGAGACUGCAUCAAUCCUUAAAGGAGCUACUGAUAAAUCAUUGAUUAUUAUUGAUGAAUUAGGACGUGGGACAUCAACUUAUGAUGGAUUUGGCUUAGCUUGGGCCAUUUGUGAACAUAUUGUUGAAACGAUUAAGGCACCUACAUUAUUUGCCACUCACUUCCAUGAGCUCACUGCACUUGCUGAUGAAAUUGUGGAUGACGGCCGAACCAAGAACAGCGCUGGUGUAGUUAAUUGUCAUGUUAGUGCACAUAUUGACACUACAAACAAAAAGCUAACUAUGCUUUAUAAGAUUGAACCAGGUGCUUGUGAUCAAAGUUUUGGGAUUCAUGUUGCAGAGUUUGCAAACUUUCCCGAGAGUGUAGUUUCUCUUGCUAGGGAAAAGGCUGCUGAGUUGGAAGAUUUCUCACCUGCAUCUAAACUUGUUUCCCUUGCUGAAGAGGCAACCGUCAAGCGCAAGAGAGAAUUCGACUCUGAUGAAGUGUCAAGAGGUGCUGCUCGAGCUCGUAAGUUCUUGAAGGAUUUCACAGAGUGGCAGCUAGACAAAAUGGAUAAAAUUCAAGCAUUGCAAUGUCUAAAUGAAUUGAAAACAAACUUGGAGAAGGAUGCAGCAGACUAUCCCUGGCUUCAGCAAUUCUUCUAAUACUCUUCUUGGUACUCUGCGGCAUGCACUUUUUGUCCUCUCUUGGCAAAUAUACUGAUGGGGGCGAUCGAGAUUUUGGUAGUUUUUUGUAUAAGCCUGACCCCUGUUAACCUUAAAACAUGGGAGUUUUGUAUUUAGUGCUGUAUAGUCUUAAGCCUUAACUUGACUGUAGAAAAUUGCAAGAAAAAUCUGCCUUUUUAUCAACUUCUUGUAUUCUCUAGUGUUGCUUAAUCUAUAGUGUUGCUGUGUGCAUGAAAGUGUGGCAUUUCAC